AUGGACGAGGGCGACUGGUCAGACGCAAAGGCAUACCCGAUGACGUCACUGCAGAACCCACUCUACGUGUGGAUUCACGACCUCUUGUCGCUGAAGAACAUUCCCAUGGAGGAAGGUUUUUUGCCUCCGCCAAACCCCAUAGAUACUCCAUAUCCAUGGGAGGAUAAGACUCCGGGUCGGGAGAGGUGGUGGAAUGAAACGCUGGUGUAUGACGAAAAGAAAUACGGGUUGAGAGACAUCUACAUAGCGCAAGGAUGGAGAACAGACAACCUUACGGAGGCGCAGGAUGCGUAUCUGCCUGUUUGGGAGAGAUUGGAGCUGAACCGGCAGAGAGCUGUGGCCAACUUCGGGAUAAAAUAG